CCUGCUAUUUUUCCCGCAAUAAACAACCGUGUGAAACUGUUAGCUUAGCAGUACACGGGGAGCUUUGGACGAUUAACAACGAAAAUGCCCAAACGAACCUAUCCAUUUCCAGAAUCUUUCUCCUCCCAGUACAAAAUACACAUCGGACAGCGGGAGAUAAACAAUUACAGUGUAUUUGGAAAUAAGUACCGACAAGAUGUAUACGAAAGUACAAAAAACUUGCUAUUUAACGGGGCGAAAGCUGUAGUGGGCAAAAUAUGGAGUGGAGAGAAGUGCGCAGAUUCACAGCCAAACGGAAAAAUAUCUCCAUGCAGUCAAACGCUUCUGAGAGGACAGACACUAAUUGGACACGACGGGAAACUCACAAGAACAAAUGCUGUACAGGGUGCAGCGACAGCUCCCACAGGCUGCUGUGUUUGUCACAGAAACCAGGGCUCCAGGACGCUGUGCUCCCAGUGUGACAGACUUGCUUGUUCAUCUUGUACCCGACAAUGUUCCAGCUGCUGCAGCCUCUGCUGCUCCGUCUGCACCAUCACAGAUUACAGUGGACCAUACGAUGAAGUACUUUGCUGCAGCUGUUCAACAUAAGAGAACCAACAGGCCUGAUCAGGAUUGUGUACCUAAUCAUAGGCUGUAAACCCCAUGAAAUUACAGUUUAUGCUUAUUUUUUUAUUUUAAAUGUCCUCCUGUAUAUAUGUAUCAUUCUUUUUUUUUGAACUGAAAUAAACUUGAAUGUUUUUUAUAGUCACUUUCAUAUUUGUAUUGUGAUAUUUCAUAUUGAAUUAAAGAUAAUGUAUCCUA